GAGACUCGAGAGACGUUUGCAGCAUCAGGCAUUAGCUAGCUUUCAGUGCUUCCAUCAUGCCGGGGCUCACCAUCGGCGACACGGUCCCCAACCUGGAGCUGGACUCCACCCACGGCAAGAUCCGCAUCCACGACUACGUCGGCAACGGCUAUGUCAUCCUCUUCUCCCAUCCCGGCGACUUCACGCCGGUGUGCACGACGGAGCUGGCGGCCAUGGCCAACUACUCCAAGGAGUUCGAGAAGCGGGGCGUGAAGCUGCUCGGCAUCUCCUGCGACGACGUGCAGUCCCACAAGGAGUGGACCAAGGACAUCGAGGCCUACAAGCCUGGGAGCAAGGUGACGUACCCGAUCAUGGCGGACCCGGACCGCUCCGCCAUCAAGCAGCUCAACAUGGUGGAUCCCGACGAGAAGGACUCGGAGGGCCAGCUCCCGUCCCGCACCCUGCAUAUCGUCGGGCCCGACAAGAAGGUGAAGCUGAGCUUCCUGUACCCGUCGUGCACGGGGCGGAACAUGGACGAGGUGGUGCGCGCCACGGACUCGCUGCUGACGGCGGCCAAGCACAAGGUGGCCACCCCGGCCAACUGGAAACCCGGGGAGUGCGUCGUCAUCGCGCCCGGCGUCUCCGACGACGAGGCCAAGAAGCUGUUCCCCCAGGGGUUCGAGACCGCCGACCUGCCCUCCAAGAAGGGAUACCUCCGUUUCACCAAGGUCUAGGAGCGCGAGGGGCAUGGCCGCCCGGUCGCGUGCUGGUCGGCGUUUGCUUGUUCGUAGGGUCCCUAGCUGAGUACUUUCUGUGGUAGUCCUGCAACGACUGGUUGUGUAAUCUCUGUGUUAGCGUUGGACAUGGGCGAACUAUAUGUAUAUGCCCAUAAUUACGGAGGUGAUGUCGUGGUAGCAGUAGUACUCUUCCAACUACUACCUAUGUUUGUGUCGGUCGCUUGCAGUAUCAAUCUUCCAUUUUGUGUUA